AUGACAAGGCAGCCCAACUUUCUCAUCGUCGUGGCCGACGACCUCGGCUUCAGCGACACUGGACCGUACGGCUCCGAGAUAGAAACUCCGUGUCUCGACAGGCUCGCAAGUGAAGGUCUCGUCCUCACUGGCUUCCACACUGCGCCAGCAUGUUCACCCACGAGGGCCAUGCUGCUCUCGGGUACAGACAACCAUAUCGCUGGCCUAGGCCAGAUGGCCGAGUUCAUGGCACGGCGACCAGAAUACAAAGGGAAACCGGGGUAUGAGGGAUACCUCAACUUCCGUGUCGCAUGUGCGGCAGAGAUCCUGCAAGAUGCUGGCUACCACACAAUGAUAUCGGGAAAGUGGCACCUCGGUCUCAAGAAGGAACUCUCUCCAUCCGCACGUGGCUUCGCCAAGGACUUCACGUACCUUGCCGGAUGUGGCAACCACUUCAACAAUGAACCGCAGCUCGACGACGGCGCCUUUCAGAUGCCGGCCGUCAAGAGCGACGGGCUGUGGAUGGAGAACGGCGAGAUGCUGGACCGCAAGAAGGAUCUGCCCAAGGACUUUUACUCGACUGAAGUCUUCUCCGACAAGAUGAUUGAGCAGCUGUCGGAGCAUAAGAACGACCCGACAACCAAAGACAAGCCAUUCUUUGCGUACCUCGCGUAUACUGCGCCGCACUGGCCGUUGCAGGCUCCGCGCGCCAGCAUCGAGAAAUACAACGGCCGUUACAAUCAAGGACCCGAGGCUCUUCGCGAUGCUCGCAUCAAGGGCCUGGUUGAGCGCGGGCUCGUACCCGCCGACGUCGUUCCGGCUCCCAUGAUGGGAUACGAAAAGACGGAGUGGCCGGACAAGACUGAGGCAGACAAGACCCUCUCGGCACGGCGCAUGGAGACGUACGCGGCCAUGGUAGAUCUUCUCGACAGCAAUCUCGGCAGAGUGAUUGAGCAUCUCGAGAAGCUUGGGGAGCUGGACAACACGUUUGUGCUCUUCAUGUCGGACAACGGCGCCGAGGGCAAAUUCCUCGAGGCCCUGCCCAUAAUUGGGGCGACACCGCUCGAAAAGGUUGUGGAGAAGUACUACGACAACUCGCUGGCGAAUAUCGGCAACGCGGACAGCUUCGUAUGGUAUGGAGCAAGGUGGGCGGCAGCCGCGACUGCCCCGUCAAAGGGGUUUAAGACGUACACUUUCGAAGGCGGAAUCCGGUGUCCGUGCAUUGUGCGAUAUCCUAGGCUGCAAAGGGCCACGAGCAGUUCCGGUUCUGCGCAGGUUUCGCACCAGUUCACAACAUGCAUGGAUAUUCUACCUACAAUGCUCGACCUCGCUGGCAUAGAACACCCCGGCUCUGGAAAGUUCCGUGGCAGGGAUGUCGUGCCUAUGCGUGGGGCGUCCUGGGUUCCAUAUCUCCAGGGCACCACCGAGGCGGUACAUUCGGACGAAGACAGUUUCACGGGCUGGGAGCUCUUUGGGCGGCGGGCUGUGCGGAGAGGGAACUGGAAAGCUGUGUUCGUGCCGGCACCAAUGGGGCCGGACGAGUGGGAGCUGUACGAUCUGAGUUCAGACCUGGGCGAGACUAAUAAUCUGGCAAAUGAGCACUCGCACGUGCUUUUUGGUCUGCUCGAGGACUGGGGCAGAUAUGUCCAGGAGACAGGGCUGUACGAUGCUGGCCUCAAGGUUUGUCCGAGCCCAAAUGCCUAGUCACCUCUCAAAACAAAAAAGUCACUACAAGUCUCCAUU